AGUUCGCGAUACGCGUGUGUGCCGCGUCGCGCGCCUACGGCUUCGCGUUCUCGCCUCUCUCGAACGGUUCCGUACCGUCAUGACCGGAGCUGUCAAGCCCGCUCUCGAGCCGGCUGCUGUCCCACCGCGCGGGUGAGAGACCGAUGAACGUCCGGUGACAGUCGCCGCGCUCGUUACGCGCGACAUGCCCGAGGGCACGCCGAUCGCGAAGUUAGAAAAGUGUGCGUGAUGCAAAUUGCUACGCGAGCAAUCGGUUCGAUAUGGAACGUACUCUUAAUUGGAUACGACACCUGCGUGUAUAUGCGAUACCUGCGAGCCGUGUACCACCGUGAUUAGAGGAAAUGUUUUGGGUGACAAGAGGUGUUAUGAUCUCCUAUGUUGACGCUACUUUGAGAAAUUAAACGAGCGUGGACAUUGUGGCGAUAAUAGUUAGUUUGAGGAAGAAUCAGUGUGUUUUACGUGGAUAUAACGUCUGCGCGAACUGGAACAGUCACUACGGGAUUCUAUAUUAUUUCGGAAAAGACGUUGUUACUUGUUGAGUAUACGUGGAUUAAUGUGCAAUGAUAUCACUCCUUGAGUUAUAAAUAUUGCAUGGGAAAAAUAAUAUUUAUUCAAUCUCGAAGAGUUCGAUAAAUGUGUUCAAAUCGACCAUUAGAGACUGACCACGGACGUUGUAGCAAAUCGAGUUUGCGGCAUCAGCAAUUUGUAAAUAAAACACGCUCCACCCAUUUGUAGUGUUUAAAUAAUCUCAUAACUGCAAUCGCAAUCCUUGAAUGCCGAGGUUUUGCGUCUAGCGAUUUUGAUGUGUUUCUGUAAAAAAAGUCUCAGAUUGAUGAAACUGUCACUUCACACGGUCUUCGACGUCCUAUUGUCCUCCGUCGUCACGUGUCGAGCGUCAGCUGAUCGAAAAUCGGAAGUGAUCGCGUGAGGGGCUAUUUUGUUCGAUUUAAGGCGAAUCCCCUCCCGCCCCAAACUGACCGGUCCUUAAAGAAAAAGGAAAAAAAAAAAAAAACUGGUCGUGGUCUGCGCGAAAACGGAAGGAAGAUCGAAUCAGGCGCCGCGAUUUGUAAACACAAGGACGGCCGAGAGUUGGACAACGUGAACCGUGAAAGAGUUCAUCGAUCCUUUCCAGACGCGUACGCGUGCGCGUGUGCGUGUGAGCGUGUUUACAGGGCCCGGCAGGAGUAAGCUCUUGCGCGAAGCGACGCCAGGCCACGAUCGGCACCGCGCUGAUAACGAUUAACGCGAUAAUGCGCUUCCGGUCAACGGAAUCGAGAUAACACGUAACUCGAUGAUCCAUCCGGAGGCAUUCUCGCACGGAGAGAACGAUCAUUCCUCGCCCGGAAGCGGAAGUGCGAACCGAUCAUCGAUUCCGCCCAAUGGUGGGACGAUCGGCUCGCGAGGGAGAGAUUUCCUGGAUCGCGAGGAGACGAUCUGCCAGGUGGUAGCGCGACGUUACAAGACGCGAUCGUCAGACACUCGAGAUAAUCGAUUUCCGGGACCAGGAAGAAAAAAAAGUGCAAUCGAUAACGUGUGAUAUAUGAUCAUUGCAUCUGCUAUACGCGGAAAAACUGUUCAGUUUAAAAACUGAAUUAUCGUCGAAUUCUCGGAAAUAUAUUGCAGCGAACUGACGACGCGGUCUGCUAUCUUAGGUGCAACAUAUCUGCGUGUGCUACAAUCCGAAUAAAAAAGAUAAGCGGCAGGUGAACGAAGUAGCUCUUUUUUAAAGUCGAGCUCCGUAAAAUUGAAUUCGAACGGAGUCGUCAAAGUUGACAGAGCAAGUUGACGGCGAUCGAGAUCGAGUUUGUCGUAAAGUUCUCGUUGAUAUUAGAAACAGGAGAGGAAAACAAGAAAAGACGCUGCUGCAACGUUUUGCAAGAAAAUAGAUAAGUGGAGAACGACGUGUUAAAGUGUUUUGUUAUCAAGUCCGUCCAAUUGGAGCUGUAAAUUAGAGUAGCAAGAGUCGAUCUCGGCGCAUCGACGAUCGGCCAAGUUAAGGAGACUAGGAAACUGGCUUUUCUCGCGGACGACAUUCGCGCGUUAUUCGUUAAUGAGGUCACGAGGCCGAAGAUGCGAGCGACAACGCCGACGACGGAGACGACACGAUCUCGGUGCGUACGGUGAGAGGACGUGAGAUGCCGAUUCCUUCCCGCCUACGAAAAUAGUGCGAAGUAUCGACGAUGGAUCUCAGCACGACGCCCAGAAGGGCCGCGGAAGGCGUCGGUGAUCUGCAGAAGACCAGAGUGGCGAAGAGCGUCUUCAGCAUCCGCAGCCUCGUCGACGUCGAGGAAACGGAGCUCCCCGCGCAGGACGACGAGCGUUCGCCAAAUCAUUCGUUGCGAGGAGGCAGCGAGCAGGCCGUCCCGCAGACGAGUCCUGCGAGCAGCACGAGCAACUCGAGCCAGGUGACUCAGGUGAGCCAGCAGCCUCACCCGCAGCCUCACCAGCAAUCGGCGCCGGCGUCAGCGACGACGACGACGACGACACCUCAAUCCACCCAAAUGGGCAUCUCUACCGAGGAGGUAAGGCCCGAGGAAGAGGGCACCCACCCGCGAGCGGCGCCGACCAGCCCCGAGAGCGAGGCGGAGGCCGACGACUUUACGCCCAAGAGAAAGCAGCGUCGCUACAGAACGACCUUUACCAGCUUCCAGUUGGAGGAGCUUGAAAAGGCCUUCUCCAGAACGCAUUAUCCGGACGUGUUUACGAGGGAGGAGCUCGCCAUGAAGAUCGGCCUGACGGAGGCACGGAUACAGGUCUGGUUCCAGAACCGGCGGGCCAAGUGGCGUAAACAGGAAAAGGUCGGGCCCCAAGCGCAUCCGUACACUCCGUACCCACCACCGUCGGCGGUCGUGGCGCCGACCUUGCCGAACCCCUUCGCCCACCUGGUCAACUUCUCUCACAGGAAGCCCUUCGACGCCUUUCGCUAUCCGCCACUGGGUCACGGCCCGGUCCUCCCCGGUAGUUACGCCGCUCAUCCCUAUCAUCGGGCCCCGCCACCGCUGCUGCCGCCCGGCAUGCCUCUGCCGUACACGUCCGCCUCCUUCCAGAAUUUGCUGGCGAACAUAUCGGCAGCGCAGCGGCCGAAACUGAUGCGCGGCUCGCCACCCCCGCCCCUGCCACCAUCAUCCGCGAUCGCUCUGUCGCAUCCCCCGGUGGCACCGCCACCCCCGCCACCGCCGACCGCCACUUCACCGCAGAGCUCGCCUACGGGUAGCGUGGGACUGGACAUCGACAGAAGGACGAACAGCAUCGCCUCGCUGAGACACAAGGCCCGCGAGUACGAGAUGCAUUUGGAGAUGCUGCGUAAGAAUGGCGAUCUCAUAAGUUGAAACACCGUCGUUCGGAUGCGACAGACAACGCGCGCGAGUCUGUCCUAAAUCAGUUCGGAUCAGUCAUAGGGAAAUCGAGCGUUCUUCCACACGGGGAAUGCCCGGCAGGUUGAGUCAAGUGAGUGAACUCGCGAAGAUCUUACAAUUAGACACACUUAAAUCAGUGCUUGCCCAAUGUGUGACACAGGCUCUCAACAAAAUAUCAAAAUAGUUAAUCGAAUGUUGCACGCAGCAAAUACAGCGAAUGUGAUAUUCAACUAUAUAUAUAUGGCGAUUUUAGAUCAUGUAACGCUACAUUGGUCAGACUGUGAUUCAAGUGUUGUCGGUCGGUCCGUUAUUGAUAUAAUCGCGACGAACUUAGAAAAAUGUGUGAUUGAGUUUCGUGGCAAACGAAUUGUAUGUAGUGAGUGCUAGCACGUUUGUUAAAGGAAACAGAUUCAUUAAAAUCGAGAGAUGGAAUGUGAAA